CUUUUCAAACACUUUGAGUGACUUUUUCUUGAGUUUAGAAAAGUUUGAAACAAAAGUUUUGUUUGAAAUUUUGUCCGUAAAUAUUGACUCAACUUUUGUUUGAAUGAGCGUGUUUACUCCAUAAAAGAGAGGAAUAAUGAGCUGUGAAUUGAAUUUGAAAAUUUCUGGCCUUAAAUGCAAUUCUUGUGUCAAUAAACUGAAGUCUGCGGUCCAACCCAUCGAUGGUAUCGACAAUAUAUCGGUAGAUCUGACCACUGGUAACACAAGAAUCGCAUUUAACUCACGAGUGAUCGACGAGAAUAGGAUUCUCGAUGUCGUCAACAAUGAUAGCCAAUUGAAGAUCACGUGUGAAGUGUUGGGAACAACCGUUAGAACCAGUUCUAAGAAUUGUCGCCGAAAUCAGAUGAACAACAAAAACGACUCAAUGAAUGACAGAAAGGCGAAGAGGGCUUUGUUGCUGAGCCACGAGCCACACGACGGACCCGUUAAGUGCUAUCUACGGAUCCGAGGCAUGACCUGCGCCUCGUGUGUGGCCGGCAUUGAGAAACACUUAAUGAGCGGUAAAUUUCCGGGCAUUAAAAGCGCUUUAGUGGCACUCAUGGCACAGAAGGGAGAGUUUGAAUACAACCCAAAGUUGAUAACACCGGCGAAGAUCGCCGAUAUUGUCUCCGAUAUGGGAUACGACGUGACGGUUCUCGAGACACAAACCGCGCAAUCGCUUCACGACAUAAAACUACAUAUUCUUGGAGUGGAUUCGGCGACGGAUAUGACUUUAAUCGAAAAAGAGAUACAAAGACAGAUCGGUGUCCGCGAAGUGGAGACAACGUUUGACACGCAAAGAGUAAAAGUGAUUUACGACCCGCAAGUGGUCGGACCGCGAGAUAUAAUCAAAUGCAUAGAAGCUCUUCAGCGGGGGUUUACGGCAUAUCCGGUGAGCGAAUCGGCCGGCAGUUCGGCCGACGACGCCAUGUUGGAGGAGAUCCGGAAGUGGAGGAAUAGUUUCCUGUUUUCGUUGUUGUUUGGAGUGCCGACAAUGUUUGUCAUGUUAUUCUUCAUGUACGCAAUGCCGGCCAUUCAGGGCUCACACGAAUACAUGUGUUGCCUAAUAUCGGGCCUGUCGUUGGAGAACCUGAUACUCUUCGUACUGUCGACACCCGUCCAGUUCAUCGGUGGCCGACAUUUCUACGUUCAGGCCUACAAAGCCCUCUCACAUAAAACGGCAAACAUGGAUGUGUUGAUUAUGUUGGCCACGACUAUAGCCUACUUCUAUAGUCUGGGUAUUUUGCUGUAUUACAUGAUCCGUGGCUUCAACGCCAGUCCCCUCACGUUCUUCGACACACCGCCGAUGCUUCUGGUGUUCAUAUCGUUGGGCCGUUGGCUCGAGUGUAAGGCCAAG